GUAUUUAUUAUGCAAGCCCCCUGCCUGGCAAUUUGUUUGCACUGUAACUUCUCCUUUGUGCAGAUUUGAGGCCAGAGCCAGCCAUCGUAACAACAAGUUAUAUAAACAGCAUCCAGUUUGAUUGGAAAAACUCUGUCCUAUUGUACACCCAUGUGAGUGUGCUGUGUGCUGUGUGGGUGUAUUCACGAGAACACCCUUUUUCGUCAUUCAACGUUUCUGCACAUAUGGAGCACUUGUGGAUGACUGGCUGUACUUCCCAGGCUUAAAGAAAGAAGAAAAAACCUUUUUACAACGACGACAACUCUUUGCCCAGCAAAUCGCAUCAAUUUGGAACGACGACAGACGGACUAGAAUUCGACGACGGUAGACGCCCUUCUUAGCCAAUAGAGUCUUUUCUUCGCUCCUCCGCUGGAAGCGUUCCGGUGAUUUUGGGCGAGCGGAGAAAGACAAUUGAAUUCGACGAAUUUCAAUUUGUUUUAUCCCGCGCGGGCGGUUGUUGUCGGGAGAAAAGAGAGACGGGCGACGCUUGCGCGGGAAACAAAAGCGCCACGACGUCAAAGAGGGCGGGACGGAAGAGAAGAACCCGUCGGGAAAAAAAUCGAUGGGCGCGGAAGGGUGGCGGCCAUGUUGAAUCCGCCAGAGAGCCCCGUCUUUGUGCCGUGCAAGUCGUCCAACCCGUAGAACGAGAACCAGCACGGCCGUUUCGUGAAUCGACCAAAGACUCAUCACUUCUCUGUGUUAAUUCAUUCAACGAACGGCGGCCAGACAUUUAUACAAUGCUGAUUACUACCAUUACCCGCAGACGAUCAGCAACAGGUCGGAUGGUUUCUCUGCUAUUCCUGAGCUGCGUCGUCGCCCUGGCCACGGCUUUCCGCUCUCACCAGGAUACCAUGCUCUCGGAUGUCUACCUACGCGGAAUCAUGAAUCACCUGGGCGACAAGAUGUUGGCUGAUGCUCCCGAAGGCUACCUCGAUUAUCCUUUGCCGAGCUACGAAGACAUGAUGAUGGGCCCAUCGGUAACCAGCGAAACGGAAAGUGAAAUGAAGGAAUACGAAGAAGCCCCCGAAAGUCUGAACGAACCUCGCGAACGUCUCGGACUGGGCCUGUCACUGCGCGACCAGGAGUAUCUCAAACACAGUUCGCUCUUCUCUCGUCAACAGGAAGAUGAUCAACCUCCAUCAGGAACGCCCACGGGUUCUGUCAAAGUCUCGACGCCGUCCAGCUCCUCCGGCAAGACCGAGAAUGUUCUUCCGGCCUACUGCAAUCCGCCUAAUCCAUGCCCCAUUGGAUACACUGCCGAGGACGGAUGCCUGGAGGAAUUCGAGAACACGGCCGCCUUCAGUCGCGAAUAUCAGGCGGCACAGGAUUGCAUGUGCGACACCGAACAUAUGUUUGAUUGUCCCGCUUCGUCGCUGAACCAUAAAAACGACAAGAACCGCGCCACGGCCAACAUGGUCGACACGGCCAUCCGCAAAAUCAUGUCCGAUUUCCAGGGGGAACACAAGUCACUGGUGUCCAAGAAAUUCUUUGCAGACAAGUAUUAUGACGAAUUGACGGGUUUGAAAAAACGCGCUCACGAAGCCGUCGAAAUGGCCGGUGCCGAUAAUCAAUCAACCAGCGAAAAUCCUUACCUGCAGGGAGACAAGUUGCCAAUUGCAGCCAAGAAAGGCAACCGGGUCGUUGCCUAAACGCCAAGAAUCCAGCAAAUGUCAUCCGGCGGAUCAUUUUUUUUUUAAACGCAACAUCUUUCUUCUUGAACCUGAAAGAAAAAACACACGGUCUCGUUAAUACAUUCGCAUUUGUUUUUAUGUUCCAUUCUUUGAUUUGCCGCCCAGAUAAAAUUUCCAAUUUGUUUUUAUCGCAGUUUCUCGUUAAACGCAUCACAAAUCAUCUGGUCGACAAAUUCUAAAAUCUCUUUUGAAUUCUUUCUUGAAGGGCUUUAUUACCAGCUAAUUGUUACUGAACUACUAACUAAUAACUACAUAACACCCUCCCACCCCCUCAAAUGUAUUGAUAUUGACUGUUUGUUGUCAUUUCCCUUAUUAUUCUAUAUAACUAUAUAUCAUUAUUACCCUGCCCAAAACCAUCAAACAAAACUUAACUGUUACGAUUCAUAUCGCGCAAAUAUGGUUACUGCUUGCCAGACGACACAAAUGGGGAAGGAUUUAUUGGUCUCGAAAAGAAACUAGAAAAAAGGAAAUCAAAUACACGCGGAUUAUAUCGAAA